GUGACUCCUACAACUGGAAAUGCUUAUGUGCACAGGACAUUUCUGGCAUUGAAUUCAGAUCCAUUGAAGACUAGGUUAGAUUUAAUUUACAAGCAGGCAAAUGAUCAUGUUGCUCUUGUAAAUGCUUAUGGGGUCACGCAAGGGAAGCUUAAGAUUGAGAUCUCUAGGCAGCUCCGGAAGUUUGAUGAUUUGGCGCAGAGCUUCUCUGAUCUAGCACUCAAGCCUGCUUAUCGGGAGUCCUUGUUAGAGUCUGAUGGUCCUGUGGAUGAGGAAGUACUUAGGAAGUUGAGAAGGAGGUUAAGGAUAGUCAAGGAAUCACUCAAUAAGGCAAAGAAGAAUGGGGCUCUUAGCUAG